GUUUGCCUCAAAGCCUCGGCAUCGCAACCGAAAAAUAGUUUUCUCACUCCCUUUCCACUCAGUCUCUCAUUUCAUUGCAAAACAACAUCACAAUCGACAACAACCUCUCAUAGUCUCACUCACUAUUCAAAUGAGUUUUAAUUAGAGAGAGGUUUUCAAAACUUCUCUUAUCAUUAAAUUUCAGUGUUUUAAUUGAGUGUAAAAACACAAUCCGUUUUUGACUCAUAGUUAAUCAUUUUAUGCAAUUAAUUGUGAAGUUUUAUGAAAUAAAAAUAGAUAUCAAAUAGUUGUUUGAAGUUUAUUUGAUCGACUCUUGCGAUUAUAAAUCCGUAGACAUAAUGACAGAAAUAGCGCCCAAAAAAUCCAUUUCUAUAAAGAAGAGCAACAAAAAAGUGAAAAAAGUGACGAUCGAUGAGAGCAUCACUAGUUUCGACGACGGGAGGGGAGGAAAAGUGACCGUAACUCAGGUCAAGAGCUAUGGGCCCGAAGACGGACCCAUUAUUACGGAGAUUAAUGACAUGAACGGCGAUAUCGAUAAUGAGUUAAUAUUUUCUGGAGAGUACACGAAAGCCAUGUCCAAAGACUGGCAUUCGGGGCACUUCUGUUGCUGGCAAUGCGACGCAUCGCUGACUGGCUUACGCUAUCGAAUUCGCGAUUCAGUGAUAACUCAGAGAAACAUUACUAUUGAGCAGUACUUCUCGAAGCUACCGGAGCAUAAAGUGCCGCGACUGGGGACGCCGGGUGAGAAAUAUCGGGACAGGCAGUUGAUCGUACAGCUGCCCAAACAGGACUUAGCGCUGGCUUAUUGUAAAUUCAUAGAACCAGACAAUUGGAAACUCUUUGAAGAGUUUGUCAAUACUAGGAAUGAAUGCGCGCUCGACAUCGGAUACAUCAAGAUUUGUGUCGACAAAACGACCGAGUGUAAAAAUUGUAAGAAAGCCAUCGGAGCGCAAGAUAUCGGUGUUAUAGCGCCCAAGUUUGGCGAACAGGCCUUUUUUCACCCGAACUGCUUUGUGUGUAAUGUCUGCGAUGAGCUGUUGGUUGACUUGACCUACUGUGCUAAAGAUGGUAAACUCUGGUGCGAAAGACAUUACGCCGAGACAAUCAAACCCCGAUGUAGUGCCUGUGACGAGACUUCGUUGCGCGCAGUCACACCCUAUACAACCCUCACGACAUAA